CCCAUACAAACCAACAGCACGACAAACACUUCACAACACACACUUUACACACUUCAAAUGAUCACUUCUAUUGAUCGACGGUGACGGAGAAGAACUGCCGGUGACGUUUCACUGUUUCAUCAAGGUGACAUGAAGAGAGUCGAACAGCUGUUGAUGCGGUUUUCGGCUUGUCAGUGUGUCCACUCAUCAGAACAGUGACCGACAUGAAUGUUAAAGGCUGUAAUGUGAUGGUUUCUCCAUCCAGUAUGACCCAGUCGGUACCUCACCUGAGAGUCCAGACGGGUCACACCUCCUCGCCGUCACACCCUGCUGCCCACAACCCGGGCACUGGAGCCCAUACGGGCGGAACAACACCCGGAAACGCUGUCCUUCUCCCUUCCCUGAGUCUGCGCAGACAGGUGCUGACCAAUGGGAAGCAGCGUGGAAUUAUGAGCUUUCCGCAGUCAUCACAGCAAAAAGCUCCAUCCUUGCCAUUCCCAGCAUCCUGCUCCAAACAGUCCAUCCGAUCCAGCUGUCCAGACAAUGGUUACUUGUCUUUGGGGCGGAACGGGACAGUAUUUGGCUCGUGUGGCAGUUCAAACCUGCAGGUGAUGAGCAGUGCCAUGCUGGUCCAGAGUUUAAGUCCGGUUUCUCCAACUGUCCAACAGACCCCAAAUGCUCCACCUCAUUCUUUGGGACUUGUUGUUCCCUUCACAGAUGCCAGGUCUUUGCUGUCCAGAGAGUCUUUAGCAUCCACCACCCUCAGCAUCGCUGAGACGCAGUCGAUACGCAGCAGUAAGUUGGACUGGCCCUACGGUUACCGUGUUUUACCACCGCUGGGGCUUCAGCCGGUGCCCAAUCAGACUUCAGAAGCAGCUGAUCUCAAUCUUGUUCCCGGGACCUCCAUGUCUGAAGCCACCAGCAUCUCCAACCCCACGUCUCUCCCCCACUAUCUCUUCAAGGACGAGUCCGGCAGUCCACGUCUCUCAGCGCGUUCCAAAAAGAGAGCCUUAUCCUUGUCUCCUCUCUCUGAUGGCAUUGGCAUCGGCCUCGACCUCAACUCCAUCAUCAGAACCUCGCCCACAUCGCUGGUGGCGUACAUCAUCGGUUCUCGCACCUCGCCGGCCUCGCACCCCACGCCGUCACCGCUGCAGUCGGACGUUUGCGGGCACCUGCUGGGCAUCAGAGGAAGCUGCAUCCCUCAUCCCAACCCUGGCAAACACGUUCCCAAAAAUGUCCAGACUGGGAACGGCGCUCGCCAACUUGUUAACGAUAACUUCCGUAUGCAGCAGUUAGAAGCGGUGGCAACUGUAGAGGACCAAUUCACUAAUUUAAUGGUGGAGCACCAGCUUUUGCCCGGACAGGAGAUCCAAACCGUGACAACCAGCGCCUCCAACAGUUUGUCGCCCUCAAUACAGCUGCAGUUUGAACUGGCCGCCAUCAUCCAGACACCCAGCCCACCCAGGGGUCCACCACCACCCUAUCACGCCCAUCAACAUGUGCGAAGGUCUCACGGCGAGCUCCCGAAUCACCUUCAGAGCCCUGCGGUCUCUCAGGGCCCUUCAGACAGCGUCAGGGCCCUUCCUCCAACUAUCUGCCCAAUGCUCGAGGAAGAUGAAGGUGAGGCAGAUGAUUUUAACGAUGGCCAUUGCUGCCAUUGGCUCGAUUGUGGCGGCGUUUACGGCCAGCGAGACGAGCUCGUCAAACACAUCGAGAAGAUCCAUAUUGACCAGCGCAAGGGCGAGGACUUCACCUGUUUCUGGGCCGGAUGUCCACGCAAACACAAGCCUUUCAACGCUCGAUACAAACUCCUCAUUCACAUGAGGGUGCACUCCGGAGAGAAACCCAACAAAUGCGCGUUUGAGGGUUGUCAGAAGGCGUUCUCGCGACUUGAGAACCUCAAAAUCCACCUGAGGAGCCACACGGGUGAGAAACCGUACGUGUGUCAACACCCGGCCUGUCAGAAAGCCUUCAGCAACUCCAGCGAUCGCGCCAAACACCAGCGCACGCACGUCGACACGAAACCGUACGCGUGUCAGAUCUACGGCUGCACGAAACGCUACACAGACCCCAGCUCGCUGCGCAAGCACGUCAAGUCCCACUCCUUCAAAGAGCAACAAGCCAGAAAGAAGUUGAGACGCAGCACCGAGAUCAGUCAGGACGGACUCACUGAAUGUUUGACCGUUCAGCCACUGCAGCGUAACCUCUCCCCACUGGACCUGAUUGAGACCAAGCACCAGUCACCCACUGAUGACAUGUACACAGGUGUCUUUACUUUAAACCAGCCCAGCCAAACUUCUAACCUGCACAGUGCAAUCCGGAUCACAGCUGGUCCACAGACCCAUCAGACCCAUCAGAACCAUCCGAUCCAUCUGACCCAACAGACCCAACAGACCCAUCAGACCCAUCAGAACCAUCAGAACCAUCCGACUCUUCAGACCCAUCAGACCCUUCAGACCCAACAGAACCAUCAGAGCCAUCCAACCCUUCAGACCCAACAGACCCAUCAGAACCAUCAGAACCAUCCGACCCUUCAGACCCAUCAGACCCAUCAGACCCUUCAGACCCAACAGACCCAUCAGAACCAUCCGACCCUUCAGACCCAUCAGACCCUUCAGACCCUUCAGACCCAACAGAACCAUCAGAACCAUCCGACCCAUCAGAACCAGCUCUCUCCAAACGGACCCCAUAUGCCAUUGCCUCCCUUACUGCAGAAUAAUAACAGGUUUAGGGUUCCCGAGUUGCAUCAUGUGACCUCCGGCCCAACACCACUGCUGCCCACUUCAGUUCCUCGGUCGUCGCAUCACACGGUGACCCAGAACACCCACAAACUACCCGGAUACUCCAACCAUCCCAGAUCACCUCACCCUGCUCUUCACAACAAUUUCUCUGGUGAUGCUCAGAGCAUGUUCUCAUACAGCGACUCACCGCUCGCUGCCAAGCACAUCACGUCCUGUUCCAUGAUGCAGAUGAACAUGUUUGAGGACAAUCUGUGUCCUUCAGACCCGUCUCAGCAGAACCUCGAGCUGGUCCACAGAACUCUGUCAGGCGACUCUGCAGUGUUUGAGUGCCCGGCCCCAACCGAGGAGUUUUUGGGCGAGCAGGUGCCUUCAGUUUCCGAAGACAAUUAUCUUCACAUCUGCAUGGUGGAAAGAUGCUCGAGCCAGAUCUCAUGCGUUUAUACCGAAGGGUGAACGUUACUUGAGUCACUUAAAUCGACGAGGUAGAAUUUGGAAGAAUUUUCCUCUUGUAAGCCCAAUCAAUGAGAGGAAUUUGCCCCAAAAAGUAUUGGACACUAAAAGGAAUAGUUCAACCAAUAAUGACAAUCAUUUACUCACCCUCAUGCUGUCUUAAAGUCGCAUGACGUUCUUGCUUUUGCUACACAAAUGAAGAUAUUGAGGUAUUUGAGGUGUUUACAACCUAAUCUCACAGAAUGAACGUUACUCGACUGUAUAUACAUCUUAUCACGUGACUUAUUGAGUGCGUUACCAUGGAGACGUAGCGCUUGUUGAGGCUUCACGCUAUUCCCCCUGCUGCAUCCACGCACAACUCACCACACGCCCCACCGAGAGCAAGAACCACAUUAUAGCGACCACGAGGAGGUUACACAAUUUGACUCUACCCUCCCUAGCAACCGGGCCAAUUUGGUUACCCCAUGUGACUCUACCCUCCCUAGCAACCGAGACAAUUUGGUUACCCCAUGUGACUCUACCCUCCCUAGCAACCGAGACAAUUUGGUUACCCCAUGUGACUCUACCCUCCCUAGCAACCGAGACAAUUUGGUUACCCCAUGUGACUCUACCCUCCCUAGUAACCGAGACAAUUUGGUUACCCCAUGUGACUCUACCCUCCCUAGCAACCGGGCCAAUUUAGUUACCCCAUGUGACUCUACCCUCCCUAGCAACCGGGCCAAUUUGGUUACCCCAUGUGACUCUACCCUCCCUAGCAACCGGACCAAUUUGGUUACCCCAUGUGACUCUACCCUCCCUAGCAACCGGACCAAUUUGGUUACCCCAUGUGACUCUACCCUCCCUAGCAACCGGGACAAUUUGGUUACCCCAUGCGACUCUACCCUCCCUAGCAACCGGGACAAUUUGGUUACCCCAUGGGACUCUACCAUCCCUAGCAACCGGGCCAAUUUGGUUACCCCAUGUGACUCUACCCUCCCUAGCAACCGGGACAAUUUGGUUGCUAAGGAGACCUGACUGGAGUCACUCAGCACUCCCUGGAUUCAAACUCACGACUCCGGUGUGAUAGUCAGCGUCAAUACUCGCUGAGAUACCCAGACCCCCACGAAUUUGCAUUUUAAAACACUAUCAGUUAGGUGUUGGUUUAAGGUAAGGAUGUCUAUUUUGUAAAACUCAUUUAUCUUGUCAGUCACUGAAAAUGGUUAGAUUUAGGGUAAACGUUAAGGUUAGGGAGGUACAUUUUACUUAUUAAAACCUCUCUUUAAACUUCACCUUAAACACCUCGUCUAACUACAACCUCAUUUCACUUGGUUUUGGCGCCCCCCGCUGGACAUUUCAAAUAAAACUGCAGCCAAACGUGUAAUGAAGCAUGUAAAUACAGUUUAGCAAAAAUGUCGUAAUGCUCAUGUACAUUUCAUGAGACCAGGCUGAGUGUUUUUUCCAUCCAAUACAAGUCAAUGGGGUCGAAACAUUUUCAAGCUCCAAAAAAGGACAUAAAAGGCAUUAUAAAGUAAUCCACACGACUCCAGUGGUUUAGAUGUCCGGUGAACAAGGUGUUAUAUUAUGGUCUGUUCUCACCCAAAACCACUGGAGUUGUAUGGAUUACCUUUAUGAUGCCUUUAUGUCCUUUUUGGAGCUUGAACGAGUUCAACCACAUUGACCUUUAUGGCAUGGACAAGUAGACAUCAUAUCCUCCAUUAAAAUAUCUUUGUGUUGCAGAAGAAAGAAACUCAUGAGUUUGAGACAACAAGUGGUGAGUAAAUGAUGAGAGAAAUAUAAUUUUUGGGUGAACCAUUUCCUUUAAGUCACACUAUAAUGUGUGAAUGUGAAUAUAACUAUUGUUUUAUGAUUUCAAAUUUAACAAACUUCUUUUUAUCAAAUGUUUUGCUUUAGAGAUGGUAGGUCUGUUUGCUUAAAUGUGCCACCUUUUCGUUUUUAAUGAAUAACAAAUGCUUUUAUAUUUUAUUAUCAAAUGCAUUGUGUGAAUUUGGAGUCACUGUAUGAAAAAUGCAAAAUUGUCAAAACACUGACAAUAAAAUGCACUUAUCUUAAAUAAAAGCCAUACUUU